UUUCAUCAUCACCGUAGUCAUCAUCACCAUAUGCACGAAUAGUGCACAUGACAAUAGAUAAAACUGUGUCUGUGUGUGUGUUUAGUCCAAUACUCGUGUCUAUUUCUCAGUCUAAAAAUUUUCCCCCUCCACUGGUAGUUUUUCAUCGUUGUGAUCUGUCUCUCUCGGUCCCUCGAUUUUUCCGAAUGCCUCGGGUCCCGACGCGGAGGGGAAAAACAUCGGAUUUUUCCCCUCUCUAUCAACUCGACCAUUUUCGGCUUCGACCUUUCCCCGUCCUUUAUUCCCAUCCACCAAAAAAUCCCUCACGAUGAACAACUCGCUUUCCCAGGCCCUAGACCCUCAUUCCAGUCUUUCCAAUACACCAUUUGAGCGUUUGUCGUUAUUCGCGCACCAUCUUUACUAUUUCUAACGUCUCAGUGAAUUUUCUCACAUUAUUUUUCGCCCAAUUUGGAUUUUAAUUUUGUGGUGGUACAGUGGGGGAAACUACAACCGGUAAAUUUUUCCUCUGACAGUGAAAAUUCCUGGAACUUUAGCCCAUCGCGUCCAUUUUCUUUUUUUUUUUUACCGGAAUUGAGAGAAUUUUUUUUUUUACGCCGAAAUUGCGCGUCGCAGAAUUGUGAGUCGAUUGUACAUUAGAACCUUGACUCACUAAAAACAAGUAAAAUGGACGCAUCACCCCAUCAGCAGUACUGCCUCCGCUGGAACAAUCACAGUACAAAUCUCCAAACAGCCUUCAACGAUCUCCUCCAGAAGGAGUCGUUCACGGAUGUCCUCCUGGUGAUGGAGACUGGGCCAGCAGCGACAGCCCUCAAAUGCCACAAAAUGGUGCUGGCAGCGUACUCCGCCUUCUUCCGGACCAUCUUCACAGAGGUCCCCUGUACUGAUCACUCACUCCUGCUGCUCCUGCCAGGUGUCAAGGGCUGGGAGAUGCAGGCAAUCCUGGAGUACAUGUACCAGGGUGAAGUCUGUGUCGUUCAGGACCGAAUCAGUGAUCUCCUGAACAUCGCCAAAUUUCUGAGGAUCAAGGGGCUGAUUGACGACGAGCCACAGGACACUCACGACAUCGAUUCACCCCCACCAUUGAUCACCAGCACUGACUACAAGAAGAUCAACGGAAAAAGGCGUCGUAAACGUCGAAGUUCACCACCGAGUUCACCAUCGGUUCCAUAUUAUUCCUAUCCAAUGUCCCCUAACCUCGACACACCCCCAGCUUUCAUCCCUCCAACUGGCUGGAAUCAACUGACAAAUUUGUCUCUAGCAGCGGAGUCAGUUCUCAAUCCACUGCUGGUACAACAGGGAUCAUCACACGUGUCAGGAACUUACGAGGCUGGUGACAGUGGUCAGAAUGGUGACACUGAGAUUUUGAGGAGUGUUUUGGGACAGAGUCAUGCUGACAGCUCGCAGAGCUUGACGAAUCCGGAUGAUGGACUUGAUCUGCCAGGUGGACUUAAUGGACACAGUGCAUUCACUGCUGAUGUGGGGGUGAAGACCGGGACCAAGAGACGAUCUUCGCAGGAGCAUCAGCGGAAGAGCAGUGGAAAAAACUACAAGCUGUACUCAAAGGAGCAGAUGGCCGAGGCGAUAAGGAAAGUGGAGAACGGCGAGUGUGCCCUGGCAGUGGCCACUGCCCUGGGCAUUCCAUCUCGCACCCUCUACGACAAAGUCAAGAAAAUGGGAAUAAAAACUCAGCGAACUGGGAAACGGCAUCGCAGCAGCAGCACCAGCGGUGCCCACUUUCCCCACGGGAUAGGAGGCAAUCGAAACGGGGACAUCUACCGAAGCACCAGAGACCACGACGAUGCAUCAAUGGCACUGCUGGACAUGGCCCAAGGUCACGGCCGUCAGCUCCCAGAGACGACAGAAAUCAGCUUGGAGAACGUGAAGACAAGCCCUAGUCCACCACUCCAAGAAGAGGCUCAUCAAGUGUCCGAGAACUCCGACGCCAAUUCACCUCCUGAAGAUGCCAAUGAGAACGACGUUGAUGCUCAGGACCUCUCGGUUCAGCGAACGAAUGUCAUCGUAUCACCUGGCCAUCACCACAUCAAAGAGGAGAACGAUGACACAUCCCAGGACUGAUACGAUGAAUCAUCGGAGCAAUUGUUGUGAGACUGAGAGGGACGAUAUCUUUUCUCUUCCCUUUGUUCGGAAGACAGACUGAGAAUGAUAUGGUGUUCAGACUGAGAUUGAUCUCUGAUUGUGAUCAACAAACACCUGGUGAAAUGGUAAUAUUAAUUCACUGAUAGAACGAUUUAUUUAUUCCAAACGUAACUCGUUGCUGUCAACGAAUGGUAAAGUUCAAAAUGACGAAAUGAAGUCUCGUUGAUAGUUGAGGAAUGUCCUCAAUGGAACGACAAAAGUCAAAUCUCAGGUUUAUCGAAUACACAUUCAUUAACUAUAAGCUAAUGAGCGUUUGGUGGAACCAAAAGAGUCUAAUGAACAAUUAAAGUCGAUUCGUUCACAACAACUAAUCAAUUCUAUCAGUGGAUUGACGUAAUAUUAUCGGUAUUUUUAAUCAGAUAUCAAAUAUUUGGGGUUUUAGAUUUUUUUAUUCAGUUUUAUUUAUUUAUUCUACGGUUUGAUGAUGAAAAUCGUUGGACAUGUGUCACGAAAUGGCGCCGAGCAUUAAUUACCGAGAGAAAAGUCUCGUAAAUUCGAAGGAAUAUAUUUUGUUGGAUAAAUGUUAUUUCGAACGAAACUAAAAUUCCAUUUUUUCAAUAUUUUUUAAAAUAUUUAUUCAAUAUUUUUUUUAAUAUUUAGUUUAUCAGGGGGUUCCCCUGUAGAGCUCAGAUAAUGACAUUCGUGUGAAAAUGAGUCAUUAUUCCACUAAAAAUAUCUUAUUGCAUGCAAUUGAUUUUCAGAUCGACGGAUUUCGAUACAUUAAAAUAACAAUUUCAAUGCGAUAAAAUAUUCAGGGAAUCGAAAGGAAUAAUCGAUAGAUUUGUGAUCGAACGAUGAGGUUUCUGUUUGGGGCCUCAGAAUCAACGACUGAAGCACAAGUCCAAUCAGGCAAUUAAUUUAAAGUCCCCAGAUAUUUCGUACCGUCAAGGACGAAAUAAUUAUUCUGUUGGUACUAUUGAAAAACAGGGAGUGUUAAAUAAAAAAAAUAAUCCAUCGGUUUUACUACAUUUUUCUCUCAGUGGAUAUUUGUACGGUAGUUGGGCCUUAAGGCCCGGUUGGAGGUCAUGUGAUCGCAGGUCGCGAACGUCAAUAAACUAUUGAAAUUGUGGUUCGAUUAGAGUCAAACAUAAUUACAUUCCUACGAAAACAAUAAUUGGGUUUAGUAACUAUUGAAUUAUUAUUUUGGUCGCCAUUUGCAGCUGUAGUUUGAGGUUAUGUUGCAAUAAUGCCCACUGGGCCUUAAGAAAAAAAUAUAUUUUUAUUUCGAUUCCGGCGGAUCGCUCGAUUAGUCGAUUGGGCCUCGACUUGAGGACUGAGUAGGUGACGAUCAAUCGACCUAUGAUCGAGUGGUGAUCGAUAGGUAAUCGACUGCCAGUCAAUGAUUAGUCAAUUGUACAUAGACUUGGCCUCAGCAAUGGCCUUGGGAUACUGUGGCAAUAUGUUCAAUAAACAAUUAACCGUCCACAAUCAUGUGGAAUCGGUCUUCACAGGAUUAUAAGACUGAUAAGACCACCGAGACUAUUAGCUUUUAGGUGUGAUGUUACCACCAAUAGAUAAGAACAGCUCAUUGCGACUUUUACUAUCAAAGAUGGCUGCACGGCCGCCAUUUUGUCGUCAAAAUUAUGGAACAUGUGGAGUUCUACAGAAACGACCAAAUUUAUCGGAUGGGGCUGUCGACAGCGGUCAUCCGAUAGUCGAAUGCUGGUAGAUCACGAAUCGAUUGGUUUGCGAUUAAUCGAUUAAGAAUCGACCAUCGAUCGAUCGAGUUCAUCAGCUAAUCGAAUGCUGGUCGAUUACGACUCGAUUGUUUUGCGAUUAAUCGAUUAAAAAUCGACAAUCGGUCGAUCGAGUUCAUUCGAUAGUCGAAUGCCGGUCGAUCACGAAUCGAUUGUUUUGCGAUUAAUCGAUUAAAAUCGACCAUCGAUCGAUCGAGUUCAUCAGACAGUCCAAUGCUGAUCGAUCGCGAAUCGAUUGUUUUGCGAUCAAUCGAUUAAGAACCGACCAUCGAUCGAUCGAUCAUUGACCAUCGAGAGCUGAUCGACUGCCAUCAACUAGCGACCAAAUUGUUCAAAACGAUAAUUUGGGCUCAACGGGGAACAGGAAAAUUCCCUGUUGGGUCACACUCGAAUCGCGAUUAAUCGAUCUAUCGAUUAUUACCCCUCCAAAACGAGGAAUUGUGAAUGUCCAACGAUUUUCUUAAACUCAAAACGAGUCAACUGAGCUCAUCUCCAGUUCUGAUUUCUGAUAAAAAUUCUCGAAAUCCAGAAACGAGAAAAAUUUUCCUCUAGACUUUUCCAUAAAAUUUAUUUUGGAGUGAUUGGAUCCCACCAAUCGCCGAAACCUUUUCGAUAUCUCAGAUAAGAUGACUAGAGAUGAGUUAAUUAGUCUCGUUUUGCAACUUCUUUAGAGAUUCUUAAUCUGUUCCAAACUUCACGUGAUUUUUAAGAUUUUUUUCAGUAAUUUUUAUAAAAAUUUUUAUUUCUGUGCGGUAUAUUUUCAAUUAAUCGGGAGAUACUGCACCUCUGACUUGAAAUUUCAUGUUGUUUUAUAUGUUCAAUAUUCUCUCGAAGAUAAUUAUAACAAAAUGUGAAAGAUAAUGGGGGGAACGAUUGACCGUCCAACGGCAAGAAUCGUAACAGCUCAUGUAAUAAUGGGAUCUGUACCUUCUUACGUACUUACGCGAUCCCUUAUAUAUCGUACUCUUCGAUUGAAAAUUUAUCAAUAGUAUAACUUUGUUGUUCCCGAUAUUUUAUAGGUAUUAAAUAACUCCAACCAGAUAUCCAUUAACUUUAACUAGACGAAUUAAGCAGUGAAGUGGUAACACGAGAUAAAUCGUCUCAUCUCUGCGCCGAGUUUUUGAGCGAUAUCUCCGAAUCUAUGAGAGCUAGAUAAAAUUUGAUAAGGACAUUUGUUGUAGAGCUUGAUUUGCUCUACAAAAAAGGUCCUCACAAAAAUUUUGCUAUCUCUUCUAGAUAUCGAGAUAUUCAUCAAAAAGUGGAGGGGUGAUGAAAAUUGAAUUUUCCUGUUUUACCACCUCAUUACUGAAUUGAUCAUCAACACUGAGAGAUGAUCAAUUAUUUUAAUAAGAUUGUUAAUCACUAGACUAUUGUAGUAUAAUGUCUCGACACUAAGUAUUGAAGAAAAGUGCCUAGAUUCCAUAGAUUAUCGACUCUACCUCAGCAUUAUCGAUUAAAUCAUAUUCGCAUGGAAUUAGCUGAUUUUAAUUGUAAUUAUUAUUAUGUCAUAAAUUCACUUGUAAUUGAAUUCGUCAGGAUGAUUCGUUGUUUGACUUCUUCUUGUUCGCGUUUAUAGAAAGUUAAAUGUUGAUGAAUAAAUGAUUUUCGUAAAAUAUUAUUAUUCAAUAACUUCUGCGUUUGUCAAUGAACAAUCGAUUUUAACUGUUGAUUCUCAUGUCCAUUGAUCAAUGGAAUAAAUAUUUCCGUAAUUGGGCUAAAAACAUUUGUUAGAAAUUAAUUGUGGAACAAAUUCACUGGAGAUUAGGACAAGAAAUAGGAGAAAUAAUUUUUUUUUUGUUAAGAUCUUUUGUAACUUUAGGGGAAUGAUCAGUUGGGUGCGUUCUUUAAAAUUGUAAAAAUUGUCUCCUCCAUGUUUUCCUGGUGAUUCAGUAUGUCAACCGUUGGAUUAUCUUCCUAUUCAUGGUCUACUUUGAUAAUAAAUUUAUCAGAAAAUUCCAGAUGUAGAAAUUCCGUCUUGAAUUAGAAUGAAAACACGAUAAUUAGAACAACUUCGUUCAGUAUUUUAAGACCUGACGCAGACGCUUUUAGGAGGGGGAUAAGCUCUUGGAGUUUAGGACGUUAUUUAGUCCUUUGAAUCUCGUUGUUCAUUGUCAUGAGUCCCAAUAAAACUGAUUGUUAAUCCAAUAAUCUCCGGUUGUUUAUGUAAAGGUUAA